UCUAUGGACAAAAAAACAAACAAACAACCGACAGAAAAAAUGAUGAACACAGCUUAUUUUGAUCAUUCAUCAACAACAGCCGCAGCCGCUGCUGCGGCAAAUGGUUUUUAUAAUGCAGCAGCAGCAGCUGAAGCACAUCAAGCUGCAUAUCGUAGUUUUUCACAAUCAGCUGCAUUAUCAUUAAUGCCAACAGCGGCUGCUGCUGCAGCCGCUGUUGCAGCAACCGGUUCAUCAUCCGGUUCAUCAUCAUCAACAUCAUCCGGAUCAUCAACAACAGGAUCAUAUCCAACAUCAUCAUCAGCGAUUACGAAUAACGCAAGUUCCAGACAACAACAACAACAACAAAAUGGUCAAUCAAUAAAUAAUAAUAAUAAUAAUAUUUUACUUACAAAUCAUGAUCUAAUUACAACAACAACCGCAACAGCAACAAAUAAUUAUGUUGAUGCUGCAUGUAAAUUAUAUGCAACUGAUAAUGCAGCAAUAGCUGCUGCAGCAGCAGCCGCAUUCAAAUCAAUCGAUUCACCGCCGCUAUCAUCAUCAACGAAUUCCGCUAAUAAUAAAAAUGAUAAUUCAUAUAAAUCAUCAUCAACGGAUAACCAUCAUAAUUCACAUAGUCAUCAUCAUCAGAAUACUCAUUCGAAUCAUCAUCAGAAUAAUCAUUUAUCUUCGCAUCAUCACCAUAAUAAUCUCAAUCAUCAUAAUCAUCAUCAACAAAUAGCCAAUGUUUGGCAACAAUCAUUACGUCCAUCAUCAUCAUCAUCAACAUCAACACAAUCAAAUCAUAAUAGUUUGAUUGGUAAUAAUAUUAUUGGUGUUGGUAGUGGAAAUGGUAAUCAAAAUAAUGGUGUAAAUAUGGGUGGAAAUAGUGGUGCUGGUGGAUUAAUGUCAAAUUCGGGUAUGGAUGCGAUGGCAAUGCGUUCAUCGUUUGAUGCGGCUGCAGCAGCAGCUGCAUGUCAACGUUCAGCUGUAACUGAUGCAUGGUCGGCUGCAUGUUGCAAUGCGAAUGCAAUGAAUUCGGUUGGUGGUAUUGGUCCUGGACCGAAUACAUUUUAUCCAUGGAUGGCUAUUGCAGGAUUAGCCGGUGCUACAGGGUUAAGGCGACGUGGCCGACAAACAUAUACCCGAUAUCAAACACUGGAAUUGGAAAAAGAAUUUCAUACAAAUCAUUAUUUAACACGUAGACGACGUAUUGAAAUGGCACAUGCAUUAU